AGGAAGGAAUGUGAGACGGAUGCUGAUGUCCACCUGAUCCAGCGCUUGGAGAGCUGGAGGAGGGAGGGUCUCCGCGCACGCUGCGCUCGGGCGUAAUAAACGCGCGUCCUCACUGCAGGGGAACCGGGAAGCGUCCGGGCCGCAGCACCUGGCAACCUCAUUAUUAUCCAACGGACAAAUUCGAACCAACGUCAGAGGAUCGCGUCAGCUCCGCGCUGUCAGGACGCAAACCGUCAUCAUCAGCCGAUACACGCUGCGAGGCGACUCAGGCGAGGUCACCGCACAACCACGGUCUUUCUGAAGGCCGUGUGAUCCCAUGUGCCUCGUUCCCAAUCUGAAGCGCUCACAAACCUCAAAACAACCUCAGGCACUGGAACAAAUAAUCAUCUCUCCAUCCAGUUGUGUUACCGAGACCUCAGAGAGGAUGUGAGUAGGAGGGUGAGUCUGGAAAACCCCAAUAAGUCCAACUCCGAGAGGAAAUAUAAUUACAUGGAUGCGAUGGACUGAAGGGUCAACUGAUCCCAGAUCACACCAGUUUUGGAGUUGACAAUGGUGUUGUUUCUGAUUGGGAUCUCUACAGCCGUGAAUAAUUCAUCUCAUGAGAACCAAACUGCAGAAAACCCAACCCAUCAGGGUGCUCACGUUCUGCCCUCGACGCUUGUCCUGUCGCUGCUCCUCAUCAUCAUUGUCCUCCUGACGAUCUACUGUCUGAGGUUCAAAAACCACAGAAAAGCUCUAGUUACCUCAGUGGACAAGAAGAUUCCAACUGGCUUUUUGGAGGAACAAGGAGAGCAGACAGUGGUCCUCCUCCCCAGGUCUCCCUCACCAUCCAAGAGGUACUUCCCGAUCCCUCUGGACUCGCUGGAGGAGGAGUUCCGGAUGCGCUCCGCGGAUGAUGGCAAGCUCUUCAGAGAAGAGUUCAACUCGCUGCCAUGUUACUACCACCAUGGGUCCUUUGAGGAGGCGAGCAGAGAGCACAACAGAGAGAAAAACAGAUACCCAAACAUUUUACCAUAUGACCAUUCAAGAGUGGUGUUAAGCCAUCUGGAUGGACAUCUUUGUUCAGACUACAUUAAUGCAUCGUAUAUAGAUGGUUUCAAAGAGAAGAAUAAAUUCAUUGCCGCUCAAGGCCCAAAGAUUGAGACAGUGGCGGACUUCUGGCAGAUGAUUUGGGAGCAAAAAACAGCAACCGUAGUCAUGCUGACAAAUCUAAAAGAAAGGAAGGAGGAAAAAUGUUUCCAAUACUGGCCGGAAAAAGGCUGCUGGAUGUACGGGAAUGUCAGGGUGGUGAUGGAAGACUUCACCGUACUGGUGGACUACACCGUUAGAAAGUUCUGUGUACAAUAUCAGGGCAGCGACGGCCUCCGAGCUCCCCGCCUGGUCACCCAGCUACACUUCACCAGCUGGCCAGACUUCGGGGUGCCUUUCUCACCCAUUGGCAUGCUUAAAUUCCUCAAGAAGGUUAAGGCUGUCAAUCCGUCAUACGCUGGGCCCAUUGUUGUGCACUGCAGUGCUGGGGUGGGCAGGACUGGGACCUUCAUUGUCAUUGACAGCAUGAUCGACAUGAUGCACUCGGAGCAGAGGGUGGAUGUCUUCGGCUUUGUGAGCAGAAUACGAGAGCAGCGCUGUCAGCUCAUCCAGACAGAUAUGCAGUACUCCUUCAUCUACCAGGCGGUGCUGGAGUACUACCUGUAUGGAGACACGGAGCUCGAUGUCUGCUCUCUGGAGGGACAUCUGCAGAGGCUUCACAACACCAGGGCUCCUCACGACAGGCUGGGCCUGGAGGAGGAAUUCAGGAAGCUGACCAAUGUGCGCAUAAUGAAGGAGAACAUGAGAACUGGGAACCUGCCCCCCAACAUGAAGAAGAACCGUGUUCUUCAGAUCAUCCCAUAUGAUUUCAACCGUGUAAUACUCUCAGUAAAAAGAGGACAGGAGUUCACCGACUACAUCAAUGCCUCCUUUAUUGAUGGCUACAGGCAGAAGGACUAUUUUAUCGCAACCCAGGGCCCCUUGUCUCACACAGUGGAGGACUUCUGGAGGAUGGUGUGGGAGUGGAGGUGUCAUUCAAUCGUUAUGCUCACCGAGCUCAAGGAGCGAGAGCAGGAAAAAUGUUUCCAGUACUGGCCAUCAGAGGGCAGUGUAACAUUUGGAGAUUACAAAGUGGAGCUAACUGGAGAUGCUCAAUGUGAAACCUUCACUCUGAAGGACAUGAUGUUCACCUGCAGGCAGGAAAAGCAGUCGCAACACGUCCGACACUUCCACUUCCACGGAUGGCCUGAGAUCGGAAUACCAGCGGAGGGAAGAGGGAUGAUUGACAUCAUUGCCGCUGUGCAGAGGCAGCAGCAGCAGUCUGGAAACCGGCCCAUCAUCGUGCACUGCAGCGCCGGCGCGGGUCGGACCGGCACCUUCAUCGCCCUCAGUAAUAUUCUGGAGCGAGUGAAAGCUGAAGGCCUGCUGGAUGUUUUUCAGACAGUCAAGAGUUUACGAAUGCAGAGGCCGCACAUGGUUCAGACUGUGGAGCAAUACGACUUCUGCUACAGAGUGGUUCAAGAUUUCGUUGACAUUUUCUCAGACUACGCCAAUUUUAAAUAGCAUCUGUCAGAUACUGUUCCGCGCGCGGCCGUCAAAUUAACUUAUGCAACUUUUUUCUGAAUGUUCUUUUCUAAAGUAAGCUCUUUUUACAUUUUGCGCUCAAUUUGUUUUGACGUGCUGUAAUAUAAUGAAGAACACCCGCGCGGCCGGACAGUCCGCCGCUUUCAGGAAUAUUCAUCAGAGUGCGACAUUAAAGUGUAUGAAAUGUGAAAUGUGUUCAUGCUAAUGGUUUAUUUCUUGAGGUGCAAAGAAAAGGUUUGUGUUGCAUAAUUACAUCAUUCUGAGGGUCAAACGUCUUUAGAAUACAGUAGUGGACACAGUUCAGCUAAUCAGCUAAUAGCUAAUCAUUGAAGCUAACAUUUUCAUUAGCGGAUGAGCUUUUCAGCUAACUCUGAAAACUGUUAGCGGAACAAAUACCUUCUACUAAAUUUAGUUAAGAUAACUUCAAGUCAACUCACAUAUUUUUGACUAACAUUUAACGGUUUCUGUUGGAGCUUCUAAACUAAUCCAGUAAGCUAACUUUUCAUUUAGUGGAUUAGCGAUUAUGGAGCUAACUUUUAGGUUAGCUGUUCCCACCACUGCUGUUCAUUAAUUUUGUAACUUUACAUAAAUAUGUAUAUAUACUGUAAUAUAUAUUUCUGGUUUAUUACAUAAAACAAAUCACUUAUGAGUUAUAAAUUACAUGCUUCAUUUUAUUAACCACAAUGCCUUUUGGUUUGCAUUGUCUUGUACUUUUUCUGCCUACUGAUGACUGUGUGUGUGGUACUGUAGGUAGAGUAAGUUAAUUAUGAUUAAUGUUUCUGUAAAAAAUUGUCAGAUAAGUGUGAAUAAUACAGUAUUUACAAGGUACUUCGAGCUUCAGCAAAUACACAAGCAGUAGAUACAUUUCACUGUAUCAUACGCUGCAAAACGACCUCACUUCUGUCUCUGAAUAACUUAGCAGCUGCUGCCGGUUGCAAUUUUAUUCAACUUUAACAAGUUUCCUUUUUUGCUCAUGGCAAUAUUGCUGAGCGGUGUGGUGCCUGAUGUUGCCAGACGCAGCUAAAUGACAUCGAAACAGGCAAUAAAUACUGUAUUUUGUGAAUUCAAAUGUAUUAUGAUUCUGAAUGUUUUGCAGCCAAUCAUCACAACCUAAUUAAAAAAAAAGUUUUUUAUGAGCAUUUAUAAACUGAUUUCUCACAUGCAGAUUUGUAUAAAGCAGUGCCAUACUGAUUAGAAAAAUUAUUCUAAUCAUAUAAAACCUGUCACCGAGUGACAAAAUGCUAAUAUUUAUGUUAAUCCAGAU